AUGUUCGACCCAGAAGCCGAGAUAUGGUGGGGCAUCCCCGAGUUUGAUCUCCUAGCAAAGAACAUCACCGUUCCCGGGUUCUCUCCACUGUUUCCAGACGCCCACUGUACCGCCAAUGGAGACAUAUGCCAGCUCGUCACCGGAGAAUCCGAAAUCAACGCCGCCGUCACGAUAGCAUCUCUCGUUGCUUCUCCCCAAUUUGACCUGACUUCCACCUACUUCUUCGUCGGAGGUAUUGCUGGAAUCAACCCUGAAGUCGCCACAGUCGCGUCUGUAACUUUCGCUCGCUACGCAGUUCAAGUUGCUUUGCAAUAUGAAUUCGACAUGCGCGAGAUUCCUAGCAACUUUACGACCGGAUACAUUCCACAGGGCAGCACGCGGCCGGACGAGUACCCCCAGUCCAUCUAUGGCACCGAGGUGUUUGAAGUCAAUGAUGCUCUCCGGAAGCUCGCUAUUGGCUUCACUCGGACGGCGACAUUGAAUGACAGCGCGGAAGCCGUGGCGUAUCGCGCAAUGUACAACACAUCAGAUGGACUCUACGCCACUGCCGCCGAAGCUCCUUCAGUAGUUGAGUGCGACGUCGCCACGAGCGAUGUCUACUACAGCGGCAAGCUUCUCGGAGAAUCGUUCGGCAACUACACCACGAUGGUAACCAACGGAACCGGUGUCUAUUGCACCACUGCACAAGAAGACAACGCGACUCUCGAAGCGAUGCUGCGAGCCGCUACCGCCGGUCUUGUCGACUUCUCGCGCAUCAUCAUUAUGCGCACUGCGAGCGACAUGGACAGACCGUAUCCCGGUGAGCCUGCGACGACGAAUCUCUUCUGGGCGAACCAAGGCGCGUUCGAGCCUGCUAUUCAGAACAUCUAUCUCGCGGGGGUGAAGGUAGUUGAGGGAAUUCUUACAGCGUGGGAUGCGACGUUUGCGAAGGGCAUCAACGCGACGAACUAUGUUGGAGACAUCUUCGGAGCGCUUGGUGGAACGCCUGAUUUUGGCCCCGGAGGCGUCUUCGAUGGCAACCCAGUCACUCUCUCACGAAGAGGAAUUGCGAGGCGUAUAUUGAAGCAAACUAAGAUAAGGGGAUAG